GUCCAUUGCAAUUUUAUUUCUAUAUUUUGUUGCGCCUUACUACUUAGGUAGUGUGGUAAACUAGACUUGAUAUCAGUGCUUGGUUUGAAUUGAUCCUUAAGAGCCUCAUGGUAGCAAUGGAGGCGACGUCAACUCCUACGUCAACGAAGGAGGCUGCACGUCACCUGAAAGAAUGGUUGUCCCAGGAGCCCCAUCUCCCGAACGUCGAGGACGAGGAAUGGCUGGAAACCGUCUAUCGCCACAACAAAUGCAGCCUGCAAAAAUCAAAACGCAAACUGGACAAUUACUUCUCCAUGAAGACGAAAUACCCAAACAUCCUAAAGAACAGAGAUCCCACCUCAGCAGAAAUACUCGAGGCUAGGAAAGCAUAUCCGGUAGCAUAUUCGAGCAAAAGAACGCGGGACAAUUGUCGGAUCAUGCACAUGCUUUGGGGCCCAGAAACAGGUACCUGGAACAUGGACCAAAUUUUGAAGAGGAAUUUUAUGCUGCACGAUGUCAUCUGCUUCAGGGAGGAUCCAGACACUGUCGGCAUGUAUUGCAUCACGGACCUGAGCGGCAUCACUUAUCAACACAUCGUCAAGGGGCUUCUAGGGUUCAGAGCUGUAAAUGAAAUAAUGAGCGCUGGCUACUCGGAGCGGAUGAAAGGGACCUACUACAUAAACGCACCUCACUUCAUGAGCUCUCUUAUGGAUGUCCUCAAGAGUAUACUCCCCAAAAACAUGGCCGAGAGGACAAGCAUACUGAAUUCCAAGGAGGAAAUACUCAGUAUUUUUGACGAGGAUGUGCUUAGCGUUGACUUCGGUGGCAAUGGGCCAACAUUUAAGGAGUAUGAAGAGUGGACUCAGAGCGUCCUGGAAAAACACAAAUCAUGGUUAGAAGAACAAGAAAGCUUUUGCUCCAACGAAGCUCUGCGGAGAAGGGGCAAGGAUGAAUUUGAAGAAAUGAGUGGUUCUUUUAUGAAACUAGAGGUCGAUUAA